AUGGAAGGGAAGACGGUUCUUGCAUUUGGCGAUUCGAUUCUCGAUACUGGUAACAACAAUUUGCUCAUGACAGUUUCAAGAAGCAAUUUUAUACCAUAUGGACGCGAUUUUGCUUAUCAUGUUCCUACCGGAAGAUUCGGGAACGGAAGAGUUUUAUCGGAUUUAAUUGCCGCCGGGUUAGGGACGGUAAAAGAUCUUUUACCUGCCUUCCGUAGCCCAUUUCUUAAAAGUAGUGAACUCCCUACUGGCGUUUGCUUUGUCGGUGGUUCAGGGUUAGACAAAUUCACUGCAUCUAUACAGAAUGUUAUAUGGGUACAAGAUCAGGUAAAUGACUUUCAAAGAUACAUAGAAAAGUUAAACGCACAAGUAGGAGAUGCAGCUCAAGUCAAAGAGAUUCUAGCCAAUGCUGUGAUUCUGAUUUCUGCUGGUAAUAACGAUCUUGGCAUCAAGUAUUUUUCAACUCCGGCUAAACCAACGAGAUACACUAUCCAAGCGUACACUGAUAUGCUCAUUGGUUGGAAAACUACUUUCAUGAACAGUCUAUAUGAUUUGGGAGCAAGAAAAUUCGCAGUCCUUGGAACGUUGCCGUUUGGGUGUUUGCCAGGGGCGAGACAACUUGGGGGAAAUUUGAUAUGUCUUCCGCAUGUAAACUAUGGUGAUAGAGUAUACAAUGAAAAAGUAGCCAACUUGGUCAAUCAAUACAGCCAAAGGCUUCCCCAUGGCAAAUUCGUAUACAUUGACAUGUAUAACUCACUUCUUGAGGUCAUUGAUAAUCCUAGCCAAUAUGGGUGCUAAUUAAUAAAUUUUACAACGGCAAAACCAUGUUGUUGCUCGGUGAUGACUCCGAUUCCAUGUUUAAAUUCGGGUGGUCACGUGUUUUGGGGCUUCGCACAUCCUUCUGAAAAGGCCUAUAAAACUAUUCUACCCAAGAUCCUCAAUACAGUCCACUUUGUAGCACAUUUAGACAUAAGAACCGCCACUUUGUACUUUGUAGGUCUCUCUAUUGCUUAG